GCGGGUAGCUUCCUUCUACGGCUGCUCUCCCCAGUGGCCAUCGGGUGGUCGGUGUCCCAGGGCCAGGUGGGCCCCACGAGGCUCUGAGCUCAGCCGGAGGCUCCAGAAGCACACCUCUGCUCUACCGCCCCCCCGCCCCCCACUGCCUGUGGAGGCUCAGGCAAGGACCCUGCAGGACACAGAAGGCCCCAGCUCCAGGGACGGCCUGCGGGCCCUCACGGGGCGCCCAUGGCCCGCCAGGUGGAGCGGCGGCUGGCCUGGUACCUGUCGAUGAUGAGGACCGAGGAGCUGCAGGAGUUCCAGCUUCGACUCAGGCUCCCGGAGAAACAGCCCUGCGGCCCCUCCCGUGCCGCCCCGGCCCCGCCGGAGGGGGAGGGCCACGUGGAGGUGGCCUCGCGCCUGGUGGCCCAGUAUGGGGAGCAGCAGGCCUGGGACCUGGCCCUCCACACCUGGGAGCAGAUGGGGCUGAGCCGGCUCUGUGCCGAGGCCCGGGUGGAGGAGGCACUGAUGUCAGCUUUCUCUUCCUCCAUCCCCUGCUCCCCGAGCGCCCCCUCCGCACCGUCCCCCAGCCGGCCCACCUCCACCGAGGUGCUGCGGUGCCUGCAGGGCCCAGAGGGAGGGAAUCCGAGACCCCAGUUGGACACAGCCACGCACAUGUGGAGGAGGGGAGACCCUUCCUGGCCCCUUUUCCAAGCGCAUCCUAGCUCCCCAGACCAAGAGUCGCCACUCCAGGAGUCACCCAGUGCUCCGACGUCCACGGCGGUGCUGGGGCACUGGGAGUCCCCACCUCUGCUCAACCCAGAGCCCGGAGGGCAGGAGGCUCCGGAGGCUGCUGCAUGGCCUCGGGAUGAACUGAGCGGGGACCGCCAGGCAGGACUCAGAGAGAGAAAUCAGCACCAGAAGACAGAGAGGCCCAGCCCUGCACAGCGGUGGCAAGAUGACGAUUUACACCCCGAAUUCACACAGCUGCUGCUUCUACACAGAGCGCACCCCAGAGGCCAUGAGUCCCUGGCCAAGGGCAGCUGGCACCACGGGACAGUGGAGAAGCAGGGACAUCUGAUUGAGGUCAAAGACUUGUUUGGCCCAGUCCCGGGUGCCCAGGAAGAGCCCCACACGGUCGUGCUGCUCGGGGACGCCGGCGUCGGGAAGUCGACGAUGGCCCGGUGGGUGCAGAGAGCCUGGGAGGAAGGCCUGCUGUUCACGGACCGCUUCCGACAUGUCGUCUAUGUCAACUGCAGAGAGCUGUACCGGUCAGAGGCCACCAGCCUCAGCGACCUCAUCGCUCAGGGCCGGGCUAGCCCUGGGGUUCCUGUAGGGCACAUCCUAUCCCAGCCGGAACACCUGCUCCUCAUCCUCGACGAUCUGGGGGAGCCCAAGUGGGUGCUGGAGGAGUGGAGGUCCAUGGGCCAGCGGCAGCCAGUGCGUGCCCUGCUGGACGGCUUGCUGGGGAGACGUCUGCUUCCAAGGGCGUCUCUGCUGGUCACAGCACGGACCACCGCGCUGCGCAAGCUCACCUCCUCUCUGCAGCAGCCUCGGUGGGUGGAGGUCCUGGGGUUCUCCGAGUCCACCAGGAAGGAAUACUUCCACGCUUAUUUCCAGAACGAAAGCCAAGCGGUUAGAGCCUUUAGUUUGGUGGAAUCGAACCAAGCGCUCUUGUCCAUGUGCCUGGUGCCCUUGGCCGCCUGGAUGGCCUGCACGUGCCUGAAGCGGCAGAUGGAGCGGGGACGAGAGCCUGAGCUGGCGCCCCGGACCGCCACUGCGCUCUGCCUGCACUACCUUUCCCAGGCUCUGCCGGCCCAGCCGCUCGGGGCUGCGCUGAGCCCCCUCUGCUCUCUGGCCGCCCAGGGCAUCUGGCGGGGGAAGAGCCUCUUCGGCUGGGGAGACCUCCGGAAGCACGGCCUGGACCCGGCCACCAUCUCCACUCUGGUGAAGGCCGGCGUUCUCCGGAAGCACCCCUGCGCCCCGAGCUAUGGCUUCCGGCACCUGUGCCUGCAGGAGCUGUUUGCGGCCGUGUGCUGCGUGCUGGGGGGCCCUGGGGAGCAGAGUCGGCGCCCCGACGGCGUCGCGGGGACCGAAAGCCUGCUGGAGGCCUACGGGAAUCCGGACCUGUUCGGGGCCCCCACCACGCGCUUCCUCUUCGGGCUCCUGAGCAAGCAGGGGGAGCGGGACCUGGCGAGCGUCUUCACCGCCCGGCUGCGCGAGGCCCGGAGGCGGGAGCUCCUGCGCUGGGCGGAGGCCCAGGUCCGGAGCCAGCCGCCCACUCUGCAGCCAGGCUCCCUGCAGCUGCUGCGCUGUGUGUACGAGGUCCAGGACGAGGGGUUCCUGACGCAGGCGAUGGCGCACUUCCGCGGCGCGAGGCUGUGCGCGCAGACGGGCCUGGAGCUCCUCGCCUCGGCGUUCUGUGUCAAGUUCUGCUGCCAAGUGGAGAGGCUUCAGCUGAACGAGGGUGGACGGCGCGGCCAGGCGCGGGUUCCCCCCGGCACGGCUCUGCUCAGCUGGGCCCCGGUCACGGAUGCCGGCUGGCGGGUCCUCUUCUCCACUCUGCGGGCCACGGGAAACCUGAAGGAGCUGGACCUGAGUGGAAACUGCCUGAGCCCGUCCGCAGUCCAGAGCCUUUGUGAGGCGCUGAAGGCCCCCUCCUGCCGCCUGGAGACGGUGCGGCUGGCCGGCUGCGGCCUCUCGGCCGAGGGCUGCAAGGACCUUGCCUCCGGGCUGAGCACCAGCCGGACCCUGACGGAGCUGGAGCUGAGCUUCAACUCAAUCCUGGACGCCGGAGCGGAGCACCUGUGCGGGGGGCUGGCCCGGCCGGGCUGCGGGCUUCGGCGGCUGCUGCUGGUCGGCUGCGGCCUCACCUCUGGCUGCUGUCGGGCCCUGGCCUCCACGCUCGGCGCCGGCCCCCUGCUGACAGAGCUUGACCUGCAGCAGAACGAGCUGGGGGAUGACGGCGUGAGGUUGCUCUGCGCAGGGCUCCGCCACCCGGCCUGCGCACUCUCGCUCCUGUGGCUGGACCAGAGCCGGCUGAGCGAGGAGGUGGUGCGGCUGCUGAGUGCCCUGGAACAGGAGAAGCCCCAUCUGCUCAUCUCCACCAGAUGUGAAGCCUCAGCCGUGAGACCCUUCAGAUGUGCGUCGGGGGCCGAAAGCCUGGAGCAGGAGGACCGCCUGCAUAUACUUGGGGGUCAAAGGAAGCCCAGUGUGACGAUCCCUAAGGAGGGCCCGGGUGAAGGACAGACGAGUGACGCGUCUUCGCGCAAGCGGCAAAGACAAGAAUCAGAGGGAAGCCCCCAUCAAAAAGCCCAGGUGGGACCCUUGUGUCUGCCUUCUCCUGCCCUUCUGGAUGACCUGCACGCGGCGCCUCUGGGGACCGAGGAUGACUUCUGGGGCCCCCUGGGGCCUGUGGCCACCACCGUGGUCGACAAAGAGAGAAGCCUGUACCGGGUUCACCUGCCCGCGGCUGGCUCCUACCAAUGGCCCAACACAGGCCUCCGUUUUGUGGUGAGAGGGCCGGCCACCAUCGACAUUGAAUUCUGUGCCUGGAACCAGCACCUGCCCAGGACGGCGCCCCAGCACAGCUGGGUGGUGGCAGGACCUCUGUUUGACAUCAAGGCCGAGCCGGGGGCCGUGGCAGCCGUGUCCCUCCCACACUUCGUGGAUCUGCAAGGGGACCGUGUGGACCGCUCCCUGUUCCAAGUGGCCCACUUUAAGGAGGAGGGGAUGCUCCUGGAGAAGCCGGCGCAGGUGGAGCCGGCCCACGUGGUCCUGGAGAACCCCAGCUUCUCCCCCAUCGGAGUCCUGCUCAGGGCCCUGCAGGCUGCCCUGGGCCUCAUGCCCGUCACCUGCUCCGUGCUGCUGUACCACCACCCCUGCCCGGACGAGGUCGCCUUCCACCUCUACCUGAUUCCCAGCGACGGCUCCAUCCGGAAGGCCAUAGACAAGGAAGAGACCGAGUUCCAGUUCGUGCAGAUACGCAAGCCGCCCCCGCUGGCCUCGCUCUACAUGGGCUCCCGCUACACCGUGUCCAGUUCCGAGAAGCUAGAAAUCAUCCCCAGGGAGCUAGAGCUGUGCUACCGAAGCCCCGGGGAACCCCAGCUCUUCUCCGAGUUCUACGUCAGCCACCUGGGCUCGGGGAUCAGGCUGCAAAUGAGAGACAAAAAAAACGGGACUGUGGUGUGGGAGGCCUUGCUGAAACCAGGGGACCUACGGCCUGCGGCGCCCCUGCUGACUCCCGCCCUCACAGGGGCCCGGGCCUCGCUGCACUUCCUGGACUGGCACCGGGAGCAGCUGGUGGCGCGAGUGACGUCGGUGGACACGGUGCUGGACCGGCUGCACGGGCAGCUGCUGAGCGAGGAGCAGUAUGAGCAGGUGCGGGCCGCAGCCACCAGGCCGGACCAGAUGCGGACGCUCUUGAGCUUCAGCAGGUCCUGGGACUGGGCCUGCAAGGACCAGGUGUACCGCGCCCUGAAGGAGGCCCACCCUCACCUCAUCAUGGAGCUCUGGGAGAAGUGGGGGGGCGGCCGCCACCGUGAGCGCCGGUCCCCUCCCCCCACCUCCUCGGCCUGAGGCGUUCCGCGCCCGGGACUGCCACCGGGGCGCCCAGACAGCCUCGCUCGGCCCUCCCAGGCCAGCCGUCCCGCUGGGACCGAGCAUCUCAGGGAAUGCCCACGUGCACUUGUGCGGACCUCUUGGAAGCCUAACGCAAGAGCCCUGCAUGGUGGCCACAGCACCUCCCUGGGCCACCCGGACGCCCCGGGGUGGGGUGGGGGACAUGGGACUGGCCACCUCUGGCUGGAGACAGACAGUGGGAGUGGACACCCUGGGGGUUUUGAACGGCUUGGGAACAGGAGCAGAAAGAGACUUAGUUCUCACAUGUCCUUGCUGAGCCUGGUUUUGCUAUUAGGCCAAACUGUGCUUCGCGCUUUCUGAAAUCCACAUGAGCCACCGGAGGCGGGAGGGGUGAGGGAGGGCGCCACGGGGGACACAGAGUCCGGAGCCCAGCACGGCCACGCCCGCCUGCCACACGGGCUCCCCGCCCUCGCACCUGACCGGCUGCCCCGUGCUCCCUCGGAGCACUUGAUCCCCUGUGCCUCGCACAGCGCCUGGCACACGGUGGGCAUGAGGUGAGGCUUCCUUAAUAGGCAAACAGUAAAGGAAUUCUCCCA